ACACUCUACAUUAGUGCGAAUUGAUUCAAACGCCCAAAAGAACUUGUCAUUCCAACAAUUAAAUUGAUUCAUCAACCUUGUUUCGUGAUGUCCGACCCGAAGGAGUACACUGUUGGCUGGAUUUGCGCCAUCGCCACCGAAUAUGUUGCUACUCAAGUGUUCCUGGAUGAAAAGCACGACUACCCGGAUUACUUCCCACAAUAAAAAAAAAAAAAAAGACUAUACCCUGGGUAGGACCGGAAGGCAUAAUGUCAUUAUUGCCGUUAUGCCCCUGGGUGACUGUGGCACCUCCGCAGCACGAAUGGCAGGAGACAUGAUGCAUAGCUUCCCGAAUGUUCGACUUGGCCUGAUAUUCGGCAUCAGCGGCGGUAUGCCAAGUGGAAAGCAUGGUUUCUGCCUUCGGGAUAUUGUGGUCAGCAUUUCUAAUAAUGGACAAGGUGGUUUAUUUCAGUAUGACUUUGGGAAACGGUCCAGGGUCAGAGCUUCUACCCAACAGGCUUCUUGAACCAACCACCUACUAUCCUGCGGGCGGCAGUGAACGGACUAAAGACUCAAUAAAUUGUGGGAGAAAUAUAAGCGUCCGGAUUCAGCCAGUGAUCGACUCUGUCACAGUCAGAUUGUCCACUCUCCAAAUUACGAGUCAAGCUGUGAUCUUGCUUGUAGGAAUGAGCUACCUUCUUUGGUCUCU